UCUGCGUAUUACCACGUCGACUACCCUGUGUACCUGUGUUUCGUUCUUUUUGUCGCCCGUAAUGUCUCACCUCUGCGGGAGUGGGACUUUGCCGAUCGCUUGUUUGCGAGGCUCCGCUCGCAUACCUAGUGUACUAUACAUCCCCAGCACAGCCCCUCAGCACCUUCCAAGGUUGGCAAAGGCAAAGUCCUGCGCCGCUGCUUCCUAUCCUGCUUCCAAGGUUUCGGCAAGGUCAGGACCAACUCCACAGGCUGCGAGUUGGCGGAGCACCAAAUCGCCUGUUUCUAUGUUGCCUGCCUUGGCACCCUUGCCUUGCGUCUUAAUGUCUCUCUUCCCUUCUCGGCUGUACAUAGUAGUACCCGCGCAAUGCAGGCAAGCAAGUGAUCGGUGAUCUCACUGGCUUUCCGAUUAGCACCUCCACGCAAUGUCCACGCGUUUGCGAAAGAUCACGUGAAGCCUCCAUCACGCGGUGUGUUUGUAAAUGUUCUGUUUAAUGUCACAUCAGCAAAGCGGUGUCUUACGCGUGUUUGUCGAGCGCACUCAGGGACACAGGGAUAAUGUUUGCACAUCUAGCGUACCCAAAAUCGCACAGCCGGCUAACGACCUGUGUCAACUGUCAAUAGCUCAGCAUCACUGUUCAAACAGGUGGCAUCAUACUGUCUCUGAACUCUGUCUGCGUCUAACGACUCUCAUGCAUGCGUGAAUUUGUGUCCUCUUGCGGGAAAAAACAACAAGAUAUUGUUGUGUUACUGAGUUGCCUGAGAGUGACAUCAUCAUCAUCAUCAGGCCAUCAGGCGUUAAGAUCCGAAUGCCGCGUCAGCUACUUACACCCCAGCCUUGAGGAACGUGCUCCUCUACCCAAAGGUUUAUUAUCUUUAACCUUUUUGCUGUUGUUAUUGCUGCUGCUGCUGCUGCUGCUACUACUACUACUACCGUUGCUCCCUCAUCUCGAGUGCCCUCUUUAAUCCUACCCCAAUCUGCCCACCAAUCAAUCUAGCGUAUUGGCGCAUUUGACCUGCUACUACACUUCCCCGCGGCAAUUAGCCGCAGGUAAUCAAAUCUUUGACCGCCAUUUGCCGUGUAGUGUAUCUCGCGCGAUCAAUCUACCGAACGCGCUGCAUAAGCAUGAGUCUGAGAAGCAAAACGGCCAAGCAAUAGGCAGCCCCCAUCCAGCCACGCAAUACCACUGCUCGGUGAACCGAUGUGCCCGAACACUCGGCAAGUGGAACAACACGGAGCCGUUGUGCAAAAAAAAAAAAAAACCCAGCCCACCGAUAUGCUUGCUUACCCCCGCGUUUCGCGUGCUUCGUCGAUAAGAUUAGCGAUCUUAACAGCUCGAUUGAGGGAAGCGAGCUGAUGUCAAACGGGCGAAGCUUAGGCAGCGCCCGAUGGAGGUGGGGAGGCCCGUGAUCAAAGGUCUCUCCAUCGUCCGACGGCCGGCAGCGAAAGGGCAAGCGGAAGUAUUGGACCAAAAAAUUAAUAAAUAUAUAUAUGUAUGUGACGUUAAACGGCUCUCUCGCGGUCAUGCCUGCGAAACGCGCAGACGGGCAAAGAUAGCGCCAGUAUGAUUGCCGCAUAGUGUGUGUGUGUGUGUGCGCAUGUAUGUGGCUAUAAGAGAUAGAGCGAGACGGUAAGAAAGAGGGAAAAGGAUUGCAAGAGAGCUUUUUGUUGCGAAUUUUGUUUCGUUUUUGUCACGCUUCUUCUGCAGUUGCCAUGCCAUAGGGAGGGGGGUACAGCUGACGUUUAGGCGACACUGAUCCGUCUGCCAAGAUGAUAACGAAUUCGAAAUGCAAUCGAUGCAAGUAGGGAGAGAGGGGUUUUUUUCAGUGUGUUGUGUCGGAUGGUAAAACAACCUUCGGGAGCUCAAAGGAGAAGUGCUUCAAUGGCUUUCAAAUCAUUGAUAUCUCAUGUUUAAGUUUAAUUCAGAAUUCAGACAUCAACUUUUGUUCUACAAGAUUGAAACUGAAGAGCCCAAUUCCUACCUCUAACGUUCAGCAUCAAUGUGUAUUCUUCAUUUCUACAAUACGUCUUUUAAUUCCAUCCUCAAUUCCAAAUCCACCGUGUCAAAUCCUCAUCAAAGACAUCAUCUUAUGGUUUGAAAGACUUAAAUCCCAAGGCAAAUGCGAAUAGCAACGACUUCUCGGAUGUGAUUUGGAGCAUCGCACGUCAUCAGAAGCGGCCAAGAAACAAAGUUAAAUGAUAUUCAGGUUCUUCGGAAUACUGAUUCCAUGAAUUUAAACAUAUUGUAUAUUGUAGAUAUUGAUAUUGUAAAGAUAUUGUAUUGUAUUGGAUAUUGUAGCCUCUUUUGAAUAUGAAAAAAAAAAAACACAUGAACUGCUUAAUCCAGAAAAUUCCAGCAAAGCUCUUCUGACUAAAGAUACUCUUUAGAAAUUAUUGGAGGCUUUGGUUCGACUUUACAGGCUCCCGAACGCAUAUAUCUUCAUCUACAAACAGUAUCAUUGUCUCUUUCUCAAGACAUGUGUGCAUACCGUACGUACCGUGCCGUAAGGGUUAACUCGUUCUUUUGAAGCCUCGAACUUCGGUAGUACACCGUAGGGAACUCCAAGAAAAGGACGUUCAGUAUCUUCGGCGACACAACAAAAACAAUAAAAAAAGAACCACAACAACUGUCUGGAAAAGUUCCAGACAUCAUUUUCCGUUAGAAAAAAAAGCACACACACACAAGGGAGAGAGCCUGCGCACUGCCAUCGGUGUGAGCAUCCGCUGAUCCCUUGCCACACAUCUGUGCAGCCGGCCACAGUCUUAUCCCCUAUCAGAUUUAUCAAUGCCCUUUUUUUUUGCGAAACCCGGCGGCAGGGGUUGAACUCGAAGGGGUGUUGUUGUUGCGCCCGUACGGCGGACUUCAACUGAGCAUGCGUGGCACGCGUCACACGCAAACAGACACACACACACACACGGGGCAAUGGUGGUUUGUGUGCAGUUUGCGACGGACGGUUGGUACAGUACCGCCAGUCAGUUGGUCGUCCGUACGUUUGGCCGUCAGUACGGUCGAAGGAUUGCUAGCCGUGUGAGGUGUGGCUGUGAGUGUCGUUCCAUUCCUGAUUACCGUGGUGCCCUCAGAUCGCGGACAUAUACGGUGGCCGGUGUGCUGUGAAUAAUCGCUCCAAGUUGCACGGGGCAUCCCCGUUCGAUGGGCUCUCUUGGGUCUGCUACCUCAAUACUGCUUUGUGCGCUGGUGCGUCAAUCAAACCCCAUCGAUCAACCCCCGGGAGUGCGUUGCCGGGAAAGGGUCAUCCCCGUCCCGCAAGCCCCCUUCUAUUGCGACGCACGCACUCUCCUUCGCGCUCUUCUGCUCUGAAGAUUCAUCUCUGUGCGUGUGGGCGCAUUUGUGUCGCCCCAGUACUGUGCCCAAGAACAACCCCUGAACCGUGCAGCGCACAGCGAACCCCCGUUCGGUGUCGAACAAGGAUAUACACACACACGCGCGCGCAUUACGCUCUCGAACGUUCCCUUGGGCCGGCGGGUCAGGCGGUUCCCGGUUUCCCCCCCCCCCCCCCCCCGCGACUGCUAACUAGCAGCAGCACACAAACUAAAACAAAACCCAGGGUACCGAGGGGAUUGGCAGCGAAACCCCUAAAACUACGGCACCAUUAUGAGCGGCCUAACGAGCGACGUGUACGAUGAGCAUCUCGUCGACGAAAGCUCCCAGUACAUGCUGGACGAUCUGCAGCUCGCGGCCGAGCUCGGCAAAACGCUGCUCGAGCGCAACAAAGAGCUGGAGGCGACGCUGAAGCACCAUCAGAACAUUAUCGAGGAUCACGUGCAGGAAAUAGAGUACUUAACGAAACAGAAUGCGGCCCUGCGCGAGGUGAACGACUCGCGGAUGAAGAUCUACGAGCAGCUGGAGGUGAGCAUUCAGGACCUGGAGCGGGACAAGUACAAGCUGGCGCUCGAGUACCAGGCGGAGAAGAAGCACGUCAAACAGCUGUGUAGCAAUAUAGAGAGCUUAGAAACCAAAGUAGAGGAGCUGACCCGAUCGCUCGAGGAUGCGCGGCGGCAGGUGGAGGCGGACCGGCGGACGAAGAAAACGGAACGGCUGCUAGGUCAGCAGCAGCAGCAGCAGCAGCAGCAAUUGCCCGGGCAGCCCGCUAUUGUAAUCAACAGCCCGACCAGCCAUGCAUCGAAAGACGCCAUACCGAACGUUCCUUCCCAGGAGGGCGUUAGCACCAGUCGACAGACAACCGAACCCUGUCAAUCGGCCAAACCGAUGCCCGCUGGAGCGGCCAGGCAAAGUGAUCCAGCAGCACCGUCGGCCGGUGCGGGUGAGCCACGCACCGAGGAGGACGGGACCGAGCAGUGCGAGCGGGACGGUGGGCCCACGGCCGACGACCACACGCUCAGCGAGGACAGCGAGGAGAUGCUGCGCAUCAUGCAGGAGCUCGAGCGCACGCAAAAGUGUCUCCUGUCCGAGCAGGGCAAGGUGGGCGAUCUGGAGGAGCAGCUGGCGGUGAUUGCGCAGGAAAAUACCGCCCUGCAGUCGAAGCUGCUGAACGUGCACUCGACCGAGAUCCGGUCCGUGCACGACGAGCUGUCCAUGCUGGAGGAGUUCAGGCAAGGGCCGGUGUGUACCCGGUGCCUGCGCGAUCUGGGCGAGCAGCAGGACGAGGACUCCAUCAUCACCGGCACCACCGAGGACGAUGCCAGCCUGAUGGAGCUGAUCCGCAACACGGACUUCCCGCAGGCGUACCGGUCGUCGGUCACGAUUGAGAUUGAGCCGACGAAACCGGACAGCCUGGACCUGGCGCUGAGCGAGUGUGCCGGUCCGACCAACCCGUACCGGGAGCUGGUGGAAAAGUACGAGGCCCUGCUGGAGGUGCACCGCCAGCCGCUCGGGCAGAAGUCCGCAACAGCCGCACCGACGGGCGCACCGGGCCCGGCGACCGGUGUGGCCGGCUCGGACAACAACACGCCGGUGGACAGCUGCCAGCCGCAGCAGCUGCUGGCCGACGCCGCCGACCUGCUGCCCUGCGGUCCGUCCACCCUCGGCGCCGGGGGUGACGCGCCCGAGCGGGCCGGGCCCGGCGAGCGGCGGGACGGGCGGGCGGUGGCCGCCACCGAGUGCUCCGAGACGGCCAGCUCCGGCUACUCGGACGAGGUGAGCAACAAGGCGACGCAGACGGACGAGAGCCCGCGCAACUUCCUCUGCACGAUCGCGGACGGCAAGGACUGGCGGUUCAACAUCUACGAGGACGACAGUGCGAUCGACUCGCGGUUCCGCUUCAGCCCGGCCCACCGGGAGCUGUUCCGCGAGAUCUUUAGCGUGCUGCGCAAGGCGGCCGAAAACCGGGACGAGGGCGACCAGCUGCCCCUGCUGGACGACACGAAGCCGGGCGCGGCGAAUCCGCCGCCGGCAGCGGCCCGUCCUGGUGGUGGCGCGGCAGCGGUCACGGUGCCACCGGUGACGCCCGCAAACGACGAACCCCCGACCGGGUUCGGGCUGGAGAAGGAUGGGCAGCAAGGGGAAGGCGCGGUGGAGCAGGAUGACGAGGUCGGCGAGACGGUCAGCUUCGUGUCGUCGUCCGCCGUCAGCGAGCAGUCGUUCGCGAUGUCGGAGUGCAUCACCAAGUCGGAGCGGCGGCGAAUCGCCCGCCAGGCGAAGGCGGCCGGCCGGUACGCGGACGGGGACCAGCAGGCGAACAAUGGGGCCGAUGCGGCCGGCCAGAAACCGACCGGCCCGGGCUACAUCCCGCUCGAGUACAUCUCCGUGUCGGUGGGCGUGCGCAAGGGCAAAUCGCGCCGCCGCAGCCACCGGCGGGACGAAGCGCACACACCGCAGGGAGCAGCCGCUGGGGGUGGAGGGGCGGCGGCGGCGGCGGCGGCCACAACCACACCGACACCGCCGCGCUCGGGAAGCGCCCGCAAGCACCGGACCUCCUUCCGGCCCUGGAACCCGGAGCGGGACGGUGGGGUGGCCAUUGCCGCCGACGCCGCCAGCUGGAGUGCGUCGGCCGGGCGCGGCUACCGUUCCGCCACUCCGCUCAGCAAUGCCGGCACCACCACGACGGCGACCGCCACCCCGCCCAGCGCCGCGGCGGUCCAUCCGGGUUCGUCGCGUACCUCCCGGCGGUCGGAGAAGAAGCGCAACGCCACGGCCGGGCUGCGCAACCGGUACGCCGACCUGAUGCAGGACGCGCUCGGCGACGAGGUGGUCGAGUUCCGGCCGUCCUCCGCCUCCCAGCACCUGCACAAGCUGCAGAAGCUGGACCUAUCCUACGCGGAGGUGCUGCGCCGGGCGGACGGGGGCCAUCCCUUCCCGGCCCGCCGCCAAUACAAUCAGCCGCAGCAGCAGCAGCAAUAGGCGCAAUAGCAACACAACACGACAGGGCUCCUCACUCCCGGCCGGGUGUCUGCCAAAAGGGGUCGACUGAAACGGCGAGGGCACGGGCCGACUGGGCUGGGACGCAUUCGCAAGAUUUGGCGGAUUUGGGGUUAAGAUGCAAAUAGAUUUAGAAAGAUGCAAAUAGAA